AUGCGCGCCUCCAUCUUUGUCUCCGCUGUUGCUUUCGCCGUUGCAUCGGCCCAGGACUCAUCCUCCGCUCCCUCAUCCUCCAUCGACCCGGCCCCCCAGACCACCUACCUCACCCAGACCAACUCUCUCGGUGUCGUAACUGGCAUGCCCGCGGCUGACACUUCCAUCGCUACUCAGCCUGACGCUGUCACCAGCCAGCCCGCUGCUGUCACCACUCAGCCAGUACCUGCUGACAUCCCUGCCGUUGGCCCUGGUGUCCACACCCUCACUCUUGCUGGAACCGGCACUGGCUCCAUGGUCAACUCCACCCGCACUGUCACCGUCAGCGCCAACAACAGCACUACCGUCGCUCUCGUUGCCUCGCCUACCAACUCUGACGCCGACGCUACUGGCUCCGGCGCAUCUCGCAGCGGUGCUGAUGCCACUGGCUCUGACGCCUCUGGUACUGCUACUGGCUCCGGUGCUGGUGCUGACGCUACUGGUGCUGCCGUCAACGUCAAGGCUGCCGCUGGUAGCCUCGUCGGUUUCGGUGCCUUCAUGGCUGCGUUCUUGUAA